AUGAAGUUCAACAGCGCUCUCGCUCUCUCCUCCCUCCUGGUGCUCGCCGUGGCCCAGGACACCAACUCUACCUCCACUGCCAGCGCUGCCACUGCGACUGCCAGUCUCUCUGCUCAGGCCAAGUGCGCCGAGUCCUGCGCCUCCAGCGACAUCUGCUGCAUUGCCAAAUGCUACAAUGUUCCCUGCCCCAACGACUCUCAGGCCAACGACACCACCAGCUGCGUUGCCGCCUGUCCCCAGGGUAACGGCUCCACCAGCGACACCGACGCCUACGCCAGCUGCCAGAGCCGUUGCGUGAGCAGCUACUUCUGGUCCAGCGCUACUGCUACCGCCGGCUCCUCCGCCAGCACCGCCAGCUCCAACGAUGGUACCACCACCACCGGCAGCGGCAGCAAGUCCUCCUCCACUGGUUCCAGCAAGUCUGGCUCCUCCAAGUCCGGCUCCUCGGACUCGACCAGCACCGCCACCAGCACCGGCGCCUCCUCCAGCGAGACCUCCAACUCGGCCGCCAUCACUCAGCUGAAGAUGGGUGUCUCCACCGUUGGACUCCUGGGCUUCGUCCUUGCCGCCUGGGCUCUGUAA